AUGAAGUUUGCCGUGACACCCGCGCAGGCCGUGCUCUCGUGCCUGGGCAUGGCAUCUGCCUACGUUGGCAUCCUCUACUGCGCCCCGCGAAGCAUCCGCGCCCUUCCGCGCGACCACCCGUCGCAGAUUAUCAUGCGCUUCUUUCUCAUCAGUGUCGUGAGCAGCAUGUGCCCGCUGUGCAUGCUGUGCUUUUACGAGCCGAGCGCGAAUGGCAUCUCGCUGGCCGCGUGGCUCGGCUUCCACUGGGACGUGCGCGCGACGCUCGUCGGCACCUUCCUCUCGCUCUGCGUGACCAUGCUCCUCUUUGCGGGCGCGCUCUUUGCGUACCUUCUCGAGCUGCAGGCGACGGCGCGCACGUCGUCGUGGUCCAAGGCGCUCGAAGGCACGUCCCUCGCACACCAAGCGCGGUACGAGCGCAUCCAGGCCAUCCGCACGUACCUCUACGCGCCGUUCACGGAAGAGUUUGUCUUUCGCAGCUGCAUGGCCCCACUCUUGCUCUGCGCUGGCUUCUCCGCCAGCCAGAUCAUCGUAGGCAGCCCCUCGCGUUUGGCGUCGGUACCCCACAUGCAUCACUUUGUCGAGCACGUGCGCAGCGGUAUGCCGUGGACGCGUGCGCUGCUCAUCGUCGUCUUCCAGCUGUGCUAUACGACCGUCUUUGGCAUCUACGUCACGUUUCUCUACUUGCGCACAGGCCAAUUCUGGGCACUCUUCGUUGUGCACGCGUUUUGCAACACGAUGGGGUUCCCGGACCUCGGAUUUCUCUCGAGCGAGAACCCGUUGUUUUCCUCUCGCUACGCGAUCUUGCUCGUCUACCUUCUCGGCAUUGUGGGGUUUUCCGUGCUCUUGUACCCGCUCACAGACCCGUCCUUGCACCCGCACAGUCUCUGGCUCUACGCACUUUAA